AUUCUUGGUCGGAUUCUUCUGUUAUGCUGAUGGAGGACCCAAAAGCGACGUAAUAGAAACAGAGUCUUUAUUCCAGUCUUAGACAAAAACGAUACUCCUGAUAUAUCUAAGGUAAAAACAAAACAGGAAAACUGAAAUCCUCUCGUCAGUAGAGAUGAACGACUGGAGACGCGACCACUAGACACCUGCUCACAUGCAGCAUCUGAUGAAGGCAAAAACACGACAGGGCGGAACAAGGACACUGAACAGCAAACAUCAAACAAGAAUCCGACAAGGACUGAAGCGGAAAACAGAGCAAGAAAUAGGAACUCUAAUGAGGGCAAAAAUAGGGGACAGGUGUGAAAGAGUAAAUGAGGUCGUUAGGAGAAUGAGAAACAGCUGGGAGCAGGAACGGAACGAUAGAGAGAGAGCGGGAGAGGGAGAAAGGGAGGAGGAGAGAGAAGGAUAGAAAAGAGGGAAAGAACCUAAUAAGACCAGCAGAGGGAAGCACAGGGACAAGACAUGAUGAUCAAAAACAUGACAGUUACUGUAUAUUUAAGAGUCUCAUGACAUUCUUUCCCUGUAUUGUGCUCCCAGAUGGCUUGUUGUGACCUGUCAGUGGGUGGGUGAUGAGGACAUAGGGGUUGAGGUAGCGUGAGAGAAAAUGACACAUGGAUAUAGGCAUAAAUGGCUACUGAACUGCAACCUCUUUAUAAUCUUCAAUAGGACCAUUGUGACAACAGUUUACACAGCUCCAUGUUCUAUUACUGCAGCAAGUAGUAUCAAGUGAAAGCAGGGCUGUGUACGCUAUCCACAAAGACUAAAUGUGUGUUCUAUAGUCAAUCAGUUUAACAAAUGUAUUUUGUUUUAUUGUCUAAUCUGCAGUUUCACAGAUUGUACCAGCCAGUGUUGCAAUACUUAACAAAAGUGUAGUAUGGUCUUGCUACUGCCCACAAUACAACAUGUUGAAUUAGAAACACAGGGGAAAUUAUAAGUGAGUUGAGUGUAUUUAUAUUUUUAAAUGUUCAUGAUUUGAUUGCAAACACUAAAGUUCAUUCCAGGCUAGUUGGGGCUGAAAGUCUAAUAUAGCUGUGAACAGUCAGAUGUAAAACAUUAAAAUGGUUCUUCUCCACCCCGUUUGGCGAAUGAAAACCUGAGCUUAGAUGCAUUCCUGGCCUGAAAUCUGAUGUUCCUGGGCUUGGGAGCACACACAAUCCUGCAUGUGAAGCACUUCUACUCCAUACACCUUUCUGCUUUGUGCACAUGGCCCUGCAGUUGUUUUAACUAAUUGCAUGAACUAUAACAUUAUAGGCCUACAGGCCAGGUGUUCAUAAUGUCAGUGUUAAGGGGAAGUUAUUCAGAGGCAGGCAUUGAGACAUCAGUGUGUUCUGUAGGAAGGCUCAGGUUCAUUAACACACAGGACUUAGGCACAGUCCCUACUACUAAUAUGUAUUCCAGGGGACAUUCUGUUACACAGAAAAUUAUGAAAUGAGAUGUCACAUUGGCACUUUUCUCUCUGCUGUAAUAACUGACCUGUAGAUGUGAGUCUGUCUCUCUCUUCUGGUGCGUGCGCGCGCAGAGAAAGCAAGAGAGAUUUGGCCGGGCGCUCCAGUGAGGGGCCCACGGGCUCUGUGUGUGGUCCUGGUCUCUCCCUGACUCAUUCUCAGACAGCCAUGUUGCUGUGGGUUUUAAGGAGGCACAAUGCUUCACUCAGAGAAAACGAUGGGGGAACAUGGAGCCCCCCUCAUUCAUACAGCACAGGACAAAAACAAAACAUCCAGUGUCAUUUCAACCAGCAGGAGGUAGGCUGUUGGAGCAUUACAUCUAAUACACUGCCCCAUAAUGGUCAGGUUAGAGAGAGGCUUUUGAUCACAUCACAAGCAUGAAGAGGAUUGUUUGAGACUGUAUGGUGUUCUGUCUAUGUGAAUGAUGAAACAUUCAUUAAAUCUACAGCGUGGCUGUCCCAUUGGUUGAAAUAGACAGAAUCUUAAAUCUGACCAAUGUCAGUCACUUAUGGCUUAAUUUACAGUUAACUUAUAAUCAACCUCUGGAACUUUUCUUGGUCAGUUUGAGGGCUCAUUCGGUUGAAGAGCAGUGCUACCUUAACUGGGAGAGAGAAUCCACAUUUCCAUUAUGAGGGUCUCCUAGGAAACUGAAUUAAUAUGGACUGCAAGGAAAUAAACAAGACAAACUUUUUUUACACAUCCAAAAUGCCAUGAAGUUAUUAAUUGUUUCUAAUUCCACCAGGCCAUCCCAUUCCCCGACCAACACCCAUACAGUAGGCUGCAUACUCAUUUAGAAACUGCAAUUUAAGCAGAGAACAUUACAAUCUUGUCUGAUCUUUUAGAAUCAAAGUAGCCUAAGGAGUGGAUAAUUUACUUGUUUAUGUCCACGACAACAAACUUUCCCUGAGUGGCUACUGGCAUGCCACUGGCGGAUAAACUCGCAGUUACCAUUUUUGUGGUGGUGAAUGAACAGUCUUUGGAGUGGGCUGACAAAGAAAUAUAGCCUACUGUGUUCGCAUAAUCACUAAGAUUUAAAUUGUUUGGCAAAGUGAGGCUCUAGUUUAUUCACAGAUUUGAAGUACUUUUGUAAAGACUACUGAAAUGCUUGUUCACACCAACAUAACUGAUCAGUCUAUGAUUGCAAAUCUACUCAUUCUUAACAGCAACAAGUGCAAAUGUAGGAGGUAGGGUCAGAUGUAAGUAGUGGAGGACAGUAUGGGUCUUUUGAGAUCUUUCUUUACUUGUUUUUGGAAAUGAGCAAAGUGAGUGUCUUACUGGUACUCCAGUUAUGUAGCCAAGCUAUCAUUGCUCAUUGUGUAUAUAUUCCUUGUGUUACUAUUUUUUAAAUAUGAUUUGUUGUAUUUAUUGUAUUCUGCAGUGUUGGUAAGGGCCCAUAAGUAAGCGUUUCACUGUCUACACCUGUUGUUUACGAAGCCGGUGACAAUACCAUUUGAUUGUGAUUGAUUUGACAAAUGUGUUAUGUCAGAAAUAAAGGCUCUAAAUGAACGGACGAUUAAACAAACAAGCAUACGAAAUAAAGGUACACAUAUGGCUUUUCUACUGCAGUCUGUCCUAGCAGGAGAGAGAUUGUUUUUGGUAUUCCUAUAAGGCAUAGUCUUACCCAUGGAGAGGGGGAUGGGAUGAGAGCGUUUUGUUACUUUGGCUCUCCCCCACCAUGUGCAUACCAGAGGCAGAACAAAAUAGCAGACACGACUGCAAGCGAGAAAAACAAAGACCAAACUCCAUUAGACACAUCGCAGAAUUCUAUAGGAAUCCCCCAAAACGGCCUUUUUUGGGAUAGGCCUACACAGAUCAAAUGAAAAUAGUUUUUUCAGCAAAAUAGGGGAAAGUGGGAGCGCGAGGGGGAUGGAGCGCGUAGACUAGAGAUCAUGUUACAGUUUCAGACUUUUCACGGCCAGUUGUGGGGGAGGGUGGAUCUGUUACUUUGAUUUCUUUUUAAUAGGCAUAUCCAACAAAAACAGCGGAAGGAAUAGUUCCACUUGAUUUUAAUUCAAUAUCAUGCAUUUUUCGUUUUUUGGUGGCGAUCGGAUUGUGUGUAGGGAAUUCCAGUGAUAAAUUAAGGAUUAUACGACAACAUGCUAAAUGAAAAAGUUCGGGACUGCGUGAAAACUGUGAAAACGUUUCGUUUCAUUGUAUCAUAAUGUUACAUUCGCCAUCAAAUGAACAAGAGCACUUCGUGCUAUUUUUAUUAACGGUUACUUCUAAGAUUACUGGAAUACAAAGUAUAAUUUUUUAAUUCCUGGAAACAAAGUUGCACGGUUGAAUCUCCAAGAUGUCUUCCCAUGGCUGGAGUGCCAUUGUUGGUGUGUUGGGGAUGCUUUGCGUUUGGGCUGCCUCCUUUCAGGCUACUCAUGCGGUAACGGUACAGAGAAACGAAACAAUUUUCAAUGAUUUCUGCAAGAGAACUACAACAUGUGAAGUGCUGAAGUAUAAUACCUGUCUUGGGUCCCCACUACCGUACACGCACACGUCUCUUGUCUUGGCUGAAGACUCAAGUACCCAAGACGAAGCAUUUGAGAAGUUGGCCAUGUGGUCUGGUCUGAGGAACGCCCCUCGCUGCUGGGCGGUCAUCCAGCCCCUGCUGUGUGCCGUCUACAUGCCAAAGUGUGACAAUGGGCAGGUGGAGCUUCCCAGCCAGCACCUGUGCCAGGCUACGCGUCGCCCCUGCAGCAUCGUGGACCAGGAGAGGGGCUGGCCCAACUUCCUCAAGUGUGAGGAGACGGACAAGUACCCCAUGGGCUGCACGAACGAGGUGCAGAAGCUGAAGUUCAACACGUCGGGACACUGCGAAGCCCCCCUGGUGAAGACAGACGUUCAGGCCAGCUGGUACAAAGAUGUGGAGGGCUGCGGCAUCCAGUGCAACAACCCCCUGUUCACCGACGAGGAGCACUCGGACAUGCACGCCUACAUCGCUGUGUUCGGCACCGUCACCCUGCUCUGCACCUUUUUCACUCUGGCCACCUUUCUGGCGGACUGGAAGAAUUCAAACCGUUACCCCGCCGUCAUCCUCUUCUACAUCAAUACCUGUUUCUUCAUGGGUAGUAUCGGCUGGCUGGCUCAGUUCAUGGAUGGAGCUCGCAAAGAGAUCGUGUGUAAGAGUGACAACACCAUGCGUUUAGGGGAGCCCUCGUCUACCGAGACUCUGUCGUGUGUCAUCAUCUUCAGCCUCGUCUACUACUCCCUGAUGUCUGGGGUGAUCUGGUUCGUCAUGCUGACCUACGCCUGGCACACGUCCUUCAAGGCCCUGGGCACCACCCACCAGCCUCUCUCGGGCAAGACCUCAUACUUCCACAUGGUCACAUGGUCCGUCCCCUUCAUCCUCACUGUGGCUAUUCUAGCCACUGCUGAGGUGGACGGAGACUCUGUCAGUGGGAUCUGUUUCGUGGGCUAUAAGAACUACCGCUACCGUGCUGGCUUUGUGUUGGCUCCCAUUGGAGUUGUGCUUGUCAUUGGUGGCUAUUUCCUCAUACGAGGAGUCAUGACGUUGUUCUCCAUCAAGAGUAACCAUCCAGGUCUUCUGAGUGAGAAGGCAGCGAGCAAAAUCAACGAAACAAUGCUAAGACUUGGUAUAUUUGGGUUCCUGGCGUUUGGCUUUGUCUUAAUCACGUUUGGCUGCCACUUCUAUGACUUCUUCAACCAGGCUGAGUGGGAGAAGAGCUUCAGAGAAUAUGUGUUGUGCGAGGCCAAUGUGACGAUCGCUCAUCAGACCAACAAGCCGAUCCCAGAAUGUACUAUCAAGAACCGUCCCAGUCUACUGGUGGAAAAGAUUAAUCUGUUCUCCAUGUUCGGCACGGGCAUCGCCAUGAGCACCUGGGUGUGGACCAAGGCCACUAUCCUCAUCUGGAAACGCACCUGGUGCAAGGUUAUCGGCCGUAGCGACGAUGAGCCCAAGAGGAUAAAGAAGAGCAAGAUGAUAGCCAAGGCCUUCUCCAAGCGCAAGGAGCUCCACAAAGACCCGGAGAAGGAGCUGUCCUUCAGCAUGCACACUGUCUCCCAUGAUGGGCCAGUAGGUAAGUCCCCAAAGACCCGGAGAAGGAGCUGUCCUUCAGCAUGCACACUGUCUCCCAUGACGGGCCAGUAGGUAAGACCCCAAAGCCCCGGAGAAGGAGCUGUCCUUCAGUAUGCACACUGUCUCCCAUGACGGGCCAGUAGGUAAGUCCCCAAAGACCCAGAGAAGCAGCUGUCCUUCAGC